AAUUACUUGUGAUAAUGGAACGGACCGGAAUGGAAUAGAAUGGUUCGCGGGCAGGUGCUAAUAUGGCGGCUAUUCUGCUUUAUAGUUUCGUGACAUCGCCCUUUACCUUAACAUUUUUUUAAGCAAGACGUAAUAGUUCGGUCACUUGGUGACAGAAAAAACAAUGUCUUAAAUGGGUUCGGUUAUGUUUGAGAAAUAACGACAACUAGCAAAAUGUCAACCAGAUCGCAACUUACGAAAGAUUUAAACGAAUCGGUAAAAGCAUUACUUGGUAAGCAUGUCAAGAUAUUACUAAAAAACGUUGUAAAAUUGGAAACAAAGCAGGAUAAACAAGAAAAUCGUGUUCUGGUUUUUUCACCAUGCCGUCUCUUUCUUUUAACGGCCAAAGUACCUACAAGGCUCGACUGCCAUUUUCAUUAUUUAGAAAUAACAUCUAUAGAAUCCAAAAGAGCAAAUCAGUUAUCUUUAACUGUCGGAGAAAGAUAUUACAAUUUUACUACUACAGGAGCAGGUGCAGAUACUGCAGAAGUAGAUGCAAUGAUCGAGGCCUUACAUACUGCGAUUCGAAAUAUCUUUCCCACUGUACCGUUAAAUUAUAUUAUAAGAAAAAUAGAAGUAAUACCAGCUAGUAGAUUGCAGAGCAUAAGAGGUAGCGAGUUAGCUAGAAGUACAGAAGCGACAAGACACACAGGACCCUGUGGUGGGUUCUCGACCCAAUAUGCAUGCAUGUGCGAUUUACAUGGUGUACCGUAUAGAGAAGAAGUCGCUUGGGAUGUCGAUACAAUAUACCUCUCUCACGACACAAGGGAAUUAAAUUUAAGAGAUUUUGAUCAUUUGGAUCAAAAAGAUUUGGUGCCAAUCAUUUCUGCCUUGGAAUAUAACACUUGGUUUACAAAGCUGAGAGCAUCUCAUCUUAAAUUAAGUCACGAACCUUUGGAAAGAUUGUUACAUGUUAUGCGCAGAUCUCUUUCUAUCCAGGAACUUUAUUUAGAUAAUCUUGGAAUCAAGUGGGAUUUUGCGCACAAACUAUCGUUAGCUCUAAUUUCUAAUGCUAAUACAAUGUUGCAAACUAUCGAUUUAUCGUAUAAUACCAUUGAAGACAAAGGAGCCUCUAGUUUGUGUGGAACAAUUGCCAAGUUAAUGCAAGGAGGUGCACAUUUAAGCGGACCUAUUGGGAAACUACCUAAAGGUUUACAAAAAUUAAAUUUUGCACAUUGUGGACUAACAGGAAAAGGAAUAAGUCAAAUUGCACAUGCACUAAGUUUAAAUAGAAGCAUGCCAACUAGUUUACAAUAUUUAAAUCUUUCAGAAAACUCUUUAAAAGAUGACAUCAACAAUUUGUGCAAUUUUCUAGCACAACCUAAUAGCCUAACUCAUUUAGAUCUAAGUGGUACAGAUACUACACUGGAAUGUCUGUUUGGUGCUUUACUACGGGGUUGUGCAACUAAUCUAGUCCAUUUAAAUGUUGCCCGCAACUCUUUUUCAAGCAAAAAGACCAAAGAAAUACCUCCCAGCUUUAAGCAGUUUUUUACAGCUACACUUUCGUUGAAGUACUUAAAUAUAUCUUGCUGCAAAUUACCACUGGAAGCAUUAAAACAUUUAUUACUCGGCUUGGCGUGCAACGAAAGCACAGUUGGUUUAGAACUUGAUAUGAGCGGGAACAAUUUGGGUUCCAUGGGUGCUCAUGUGCUGGAGUCGUGUAUACACGGUGUACGUUGUAUAGCAUCGUUGGAUAUUUCAGACAGCAACAUGGAUGUUGAUCUAGCACAAGUUAUAACUGCUGUAGGAAAAAACAAAUCUAUAAAACAAUUAUAUAUGGGUCGUAACACUGUUAGUAUGAAAAGCAAACAUAUUGCUAUUGUAAUGGAUGCCCUUGUACAAAUGCUUCAAGAAGAUGACUGCGUUCUUCAAGCAUUACAUUUACCAGAUUCUCGAUUAAAGUCUGAUCUCUACAAUCUUAUUAACGCUCUUGGUAGUAAUACAUGUCUUCACACUAUAGAUAUUAGUGGUAAUCAGAUUGGAGAUCCCGGUGCAAGAUUAUUAGCAAAAGCGCUACAAAUUAACAACCAUUUGAGGACCAUUAUUUAUGAUAGAAAUAACAUUACACUUCAAGGUUAUGCGGACAUUGUUCACGCUUUAGAAAAAAAUUGUAGCGUGAGACAUAUGCCAUUUCCAAUUUAUGAUCUACAACCUUGUAUGAAAACUUCUGCCGAGAAAACGGAACAAUUAGCAAAAAAAAUGCAAGAUUUGCUUCAGAGAAAUGUUACGCCUUGCAAAUAUAGUCAUGGACAGGCCUUCAGACUGCAACAAGGUUUUUUAUUAAGCUCUACGCAACAAAUGGUCGACAGGCUUGUUGUGCAAACUCAAGAUACUAUUAAAGCUAUUGCGGCAGAAAGUUGCGAUGCUAACAAUGAUAUUAAUUAUGCAACUGGACUUAUACAAGAUGCAGAUAAUUCAAAGCAGCUUUUACCAAGAUUGCAUGAAGUUCUUCAACGACGGGAUGAAAAUAACCCGAUUGAGUUAAAAUUACACGAUAUGGCAAAUGAACUUCAUAAAGUCGUGACUGUAUAUUUACAGGAUUCCUUAGAUGCUAUGGUGAAAUGUGCAAACGAGCAAUGCCCUACCAUACUUUCACAAACGGUGAUUAAAGGAGAUGAAAGUGAAUCAAUAGCUGUUGAAGACGAUCUACGUAAUAGUUGCAAAGAAAAAAAUCAAAUCAGCAGCGAAUUUAUACAUACUACUAUUACAGAACAAGCUGGAGCAGAUAUAGUCAAUAGAGUCAAUGAAUUGAAUUUAGCUGUCGCUGCACAUGUGUCUGAUAGAAUAACAGAUGAAGUAAUUGAAUCAUUAUCAAGGAGUUAUAAGAAUUUAAUCGGUGACUGCGAUAAUAGAACAAGAAGCAGCACACCAGAUGUAUUACGGCCUAGUGCUGGUUCGAUGAGCAGUGGAAGUGUUAUAGGUGUUACGAGUACAGUAGGUGUAUCUACAACAUUACCCAUCGGUAGAACCAGCCUUGCUUCGGAAGAAGAUUGCCCACCAGAAACUUACUCAUUAGUAAAUUCUAUUAGUCAAUGUUCUAGCGACCAAUCUCCAAUGAAAUUGGAUUACUUGAAUCUUGCUACCCCGCAUCUGUCAAAUAAACGUAAAAGUUUACACGGAAGAAAAUUGCGACCUAAAUCUGUAGUUGAUUCCGUUGAAGGACUUUCUGCGGAUGACAUACCUGAUCUAUUACCAUCACUGCCAAAAAGUCAAGCAGAAGCUAUUUCAGAAACAGAACAUUCAUUAACAGAAUCAUUAGAUUCUGUCUCUGAAUUACCUAAUACUGUGGGUCAACAACUGCAACAUUUAGUGAAAUCUAGACCUCGCAGAACAAAGACUAGGGCACCUACAAGACCAAUGUUGAGACCCGAUCAACCGGUGGAUGGUCUAGCCCUUGGGGAAGGUCUCGAUGUAUUCUUUCGACCAACUACACCGACAACUCCUCUCAUAUCUCCAACAAGUGAUGAUAGCUCUUUACACACCUUCCCGACCGAUGGUAGUCCAAAUUUAUCUCUUACAAGUCACAAAAGUAUUCCACCUGACACGGAUAAGAAACCUGGUUGCAGUUCUCCAAUGUUAAAAACACUUCUUGAACCUGCACCACGAUCACGAUCCAGUGAUAAUUUGGAAAAAUUUUCUCCUCUCGUCGGUAGGAGAUCUCAAGGUGAUUCACCAUUAACUGCAUCUCCAUUAGCUCGACGGAAUACAACUGAUAAUGCUCAAAAUCAUGAAAGAAUUGUUGCGAAAUCUGGUAGUAAUAAAGAUACAAGUAGUAAUAGUAUUGUCAGUACUUCUGCUGACACUUCUAAACGUAGCACAUUACCAAUUACUGGAUCUGGUACAAAUUCACGUAGUUUGCGGGAUUCAGAUGAAAAUGUUAAAAUGUUACAACUAACAACUGCUGCAAAUUCUUUAGAUAGGGAUGUAUCUCUUGCAACGUCUGUUCCUAAAGAUUACGAAAGCAGAAAAAGUUUAACGAAAAAGUCUGCCAUGGAAGUUGAUAAAUCUGCAAGUCAGCCUCUGCCUUCUCUUAAACUGAGGUCAACAGGUUUUGAUCUUCGAAGUCCAACAAAUGGCAGCAAUACAAAGAGUAAUUCGGAAGCAUCAAAAUCGCCAGUAUUAAAACCUUUAACCAAAGGAAGCAGUUCCACUAAUGAUGGAAAAAGUAAUGGUGUUCUUUCGAAAACUAAACUAACUCCACCUGCGACAGCUCCAAAACCAAGGCCUUGGAGUAUGGCUACCGAUAGAAAAUCUGGCGAAUUUAAUCUAUUAAGCGAUGGUUCUAGUCCAAAUACUUCAGCAGGGAAUACACCUGAUUCUGGCGAUGCUCUUGAUGAAUCGACAGAUAGUGGCGUGAGUGGUCCAGCUUCAUUACCACCAACGUUAUCAGCAAGUAGUACUGCUAGUUCUUUAAGCAAUACAAGUGUAGAAAAAAGGUCUGUCAGAGAAUUAGCAGCUAGUUUAAACAAGAGUAAAACAGAAAGAAAAGAAAAUGUACAUCGCAAAUAUGCAUGUUGUACCCUUAAAUUAAGAAGCCUUGCUGUACAUAUUAUUUUAGAGCAAACCGUACCUGCAGCAUGGAGGUCGGUGCUUCAACGUUCUAUCAACCGUCCAGACGCCAAGGUAAUGGAAGUGCCGAAAACGGUUGAAGAGAAUCAUAUAAAUUAUAAACUUCGACGUACUUCAUUUUUACGUGAUUCAAAUUUUAACUAUAAUAACGAUGUAGUUGACGUUUGACCGUGACUUAAAGCAGUAGUAAUUUGAAAAUCAAUGUUAAUAAUUGGUUAUUCGUCAGGACAAUUUUUGUCACAAUAUUUUAUACCGGGCACAAAAAUAUGUAAAGCGAUGCAUUUGUACUUGUGCCAUAUAAAGUCAAAUGCGGGGCAAGUGCUAACGAUAUUAGAGGCAGGGUACUGAAGGUCUCUAUAGAAAUUACUAACUUAUUAUUAAGGUGGCAUUAAAAAUCUUAUUAUACUUUUUCAUAAAACUAUACUUCUAAUGCAGCUUAUCUUAAUUUACCGGUAAGUAUCUGUAUUUAAUGUACUAAAAUCGUCUCUUAUUUCUGUUACAGUAAGUGAAAAAAUUCACACUUCCACAGAGAAUAUAUUUUAUGCUUCUACAUUCCUUCAGAUUCUUG